AUGAGCCGCUGCGGGUUGCCAACCCAGGGAAACAAACCAACACACAGGAUACAAUACACAGAGAGAGCAAGUAGUCGGGGGCAGUGCAACUCAAAACUCAUCCAGCGCACGCACAGCCCAUCGCUCCAUUCCACCGCCGCCGAACUCCGGCCGAUCCUCCCCCUCCUUCUUCCUCGCCAGCAACCCCCGCCCCCUGCCUCCCUCUCCGGAUCGAUCCGAGUCCAGGAGGAGAAGAUGGUGUCCGCCGUGCUGAGGACCAUCCUGGUGACGGGCGGCGCCGGGUACAUCGGCAGCCACACCGUGCUGCAGCUGCUCCAGCAGGGCUUCCGCGUCGUCGUCGUCGACAACCUCGACAACGCCUCCGAGGUCGCCCUCCUCCGCGUCGCCGAGCUCUCCGGCCACAACGGCAGCAACCUCGUCUUCCACAAGGUUGACCUUCGCGACAGGCACGCGCUCGAGGACAUCUUUUCGUCCCACAGGUUUGAGGCUGUGAUUCACUUUGCUGGGCUCAAAGCUGUUGGCGAGAGCGUCCAGAAGCCCUUGCUGUACUAUGACAACAACCUCAUCGGCACCAUCACCCUUCUCGAGGUGAUGGCUGCACAUGGCUGCAAGAAGCUGGUGUUCUCGUCAUCCGCAACUGUCUAUGGGUGGCCCAAGGAAGUUCCAUGCACCGAGGAAUUCCCCCUUUGCGCCACCAACCCCUAUGGGCGAACCAAGCUUGUGAUUGAAGAUAUCUGCCGCGACGUCCAUCGUUCAGACCCUGAUUGGAAGAUCAUACUUCUCAGAUACUUCAACCCUGUUGGUGCUCAUCCUAGUGGAUACAUCGGUGAAGACCCCUGCGGAAUCCCAAACAACCUGAUGCCCUAUGUUCAGCAAGUUGCUGUUGGGAGGAGACCUCACCUGACAGUUUACGGAACGGACUACAAUACAAAGGAUGGAACUGGGGUGCGUGAUUACAUCCAUGUUGUCGACCUGGCUGACGGGCACAUAGCAGCAUUGAGGAAGCUCUAUGAGGACUCCGACAAAAUAGGCUGUGAAGUAUACAAUCUGGGCACAGGAAAGGGGACGUCAGUGCUGGAAAUGGUGGCUGCGUUCGAGAAGGUUUCUGGCAAGAAAAUCCCUCUGGUGUUUGCUGGGCGAAGACCUGGAGAUGCGGAGAUUGUUUAUGCCGCAACGGCCAAGGCCGAGAAGGAGCUCAAAUGGAAGGCGAAGUACGGGAUUGAGGAGAUGUGCAGAGACCUGUGGAACUGGGCAAGCAAGAACCCCUACGGGUACGCCGGAUCAAGCGAGAACGGCAACUGAGACUGGAUUGGAGCAGCUGGUAGCAAGCCGCAGUCUACUAGCAGCAGUAGUAAAUUAGUAAUUAAAAAGAAGUCGCGGAGUACCGCAUGCUACUAAUCCAAGGACGGACGGAUGAUCGAUGGGCCUCGUGUUCUCAUUGUACAUAGGGAGGGAGUAGGGGGUUCCAAGCUGCCCAUCCAUCCAGCUUACUGUUACCGUUAUAUAUAUGGUUAUUGCUAGGUCUGUCUAGUAUUAAUCCAUGCUUAUGAUUGGUUUUGCUAGAUAGA